AGACGCUAACCCGAGUCCACAUUCUCUGCACCUGCUACGCGUUCGCUGUCUGCUGCCCGCAAACUCUCAUACCCGGCGCAACGCACCUGCUUUCCUCCCCAACCCGCGGUCUCCUGCGUCAGACCAACUUUCUCCCACGGACCGAUCUCGCCCCUCCAGGCAGUCCGGCCUCUCCUGAGUUUGGUGGGCAUCAAGAUGAAGGCGGCCCGCUUUGUGAUGCGCAGUGCCGGCUCGCUGAGCGGUGCUGGGCUGGUCCCCCGGGAGGUGGAGCACUUUUCGCGCUACAGCCCUUCCCCGCUGUCCAUGAAGCAGCUGCUGGACUUUGGUUCAGAAAACGCAUGUGAGAGGACAUCUUUCGCAUUUUUGCGGCAAGAACUGCCCGUGAGACUGGCCAAUAUCCUAAAAGAAAUUGACAUCCUCCCUGAGCGGUUAUUAAAUACUUCUUCAGUGCAGCUUGUGAAAAGCUGGUAUAUCCAAAGCCUAAUGGAUCUGGUGGAAUUUCAUGAGAAAAGCCCAGAUGACCAGAAAGCUUUGUCAGACUUUGUAGAUACACUCAUCAAAGUUCGAAAUAGACACCAUAAUGUAGUUCCUACAAUGGCACAAGGAAUCAUUGAGUAUAAAGAUGCCUGCACAGUGGACCCAGUCACCAACCAAAAUCUCCAGUAUUUUUUGGAUCGAUUUUACAUGAACCGUAUUUCUACUCGGAUGCUGAUGAACCAGCACAUUCUCAUAUUUAGUGACUCACAAACAGGAAACCCAAGCCACAUUGGAAGCAUUGAUCCAAAGUGUGAUGUGGCAGCUGUGGUCCAAGAUGCCUUUGAGUCUUCAAAGAUGCUCUGUGAUCAGUAUUACUUAACAUCACCAGAACUAAAGCUCACACAAGUGAAUGGAAAAUUUCCGGGCCAACCAAUCCACAUCGUGUAUGUGCCUUCUCAUCUCCAUCACAUGCUCUUUGAGCUAUUCAAGAAUGCAAUGAGGGCAACAGUUGAGCACCAGGAAAACUGGCCUUCCCUUACACCUAUUGAAGUGAUUGUUGUCUUGGGAAAGGAAGACCUUACCAUUAAGAUUUCAGACAGGGGAGGUGGUGUUCCCCUGAGGAUCACUGACCGCCUCUUCAGUUACACCUACUCCACCGCGCCAACCCCUGUGAUGGACAAUUCCCGGAACGCUCCUUUGGCUGGGUUUGGUUACGGCCUGCCAAUUUCGCGUCUCUAUGCCAAGUACUUUCAAGGAGAUCUGAACCUUUAUUCUUUGUCGGGAUAUGGAACAGAUGCUAUCAUCUACUUAAAGGCUUUAUCUUCCGAGUCUGUAGAAAAACUCCCAGUCUUUAACAAAUCAGCCUUCAAACAUUAUCAGAUGAGCUCAGAGGCUGAUGACUGGUGUAUACCAAGCAAGGAACCAAAGAACCUGGCCAAGGAAAAAGUGGCUGUGUGAAGAGAAACAGAGUCAGGGCACUUGACGGGAUCAAUGUGGGUCUGUGCCAGAGCUGCUUCCUGAAUGUGUGUGUGUGUGAACUCACAUGUCUUCAAGGACAAACAACAGCAACAAAAACAUUCGGAUGGGAACCUUGAACCACUGAAAAGCAGAACUUGUUUUUGUGACCCCAAAGAGGGCACCGGGCAGAACUCCAGGAGUUAAUAGACGGCCAGCUCCUGGUUUUGUGAGAAUAGAAGAACUCAUGUGUUAAAUCCUGAAGAAAUUUACAUGUUUCCAUCCCCGUGUCAGCAAGAAUGAGAAAGGGAGCAAACACAAAGACAGUGGUUUCCAUGUACCAAUGCUUUAGGCAUUUGCAUUAAAUGACGUUGGUACUUAUUGACUGGCAAGCAUCCAUAGACCAAUGGUUUUUCUGCCUCACAAAGGAUCUGUUUAGUUUACACUAUGUGAUUAGAAAUGUAUAGAAGUGUACAAUUUGUUUCUACCUGUUAUGUGCUCUAGGGAGGGAAAGCUGUUCACUAAAAACAAAAUGCCCUCUGGAUGAGGAGAAAUGAGUGCAGCCAUUUUGUUCAUAGUUGCAGCAAGGCCUUGAGCUUCUGUGAGAACCCAGAAGAAAGUUCCUUCUGACCAACACAGCUCCUUUUGGAUGCUGCUUUUCCUAUGCACACGUCACACAAUAAGUGAACACUGAACCGUGCCAGGUGCCUCGUCUUGGUUAAAUUGUUCAAUGUGCACUGAAUUCAGGAGGUUGUGUGUUGGGAGAGAGAAGAAUUUCCAAAGUGACAGCAGAAACAAUAGAUUGGAAAAAUCAGUAUUAGAAAAAGAAAUGAAGUAUUCAGAACUCAACUCAGGAGGGGGGCAGUGCCUAUUCCCUAACCGGAAGCUGUAGUUCUCCAGAGGCAUCCGUUUUCCAGGCUUAAGGAAAAAGAUGUAUUUUUGAUGUGUUUGAUACAUUCUCUACACUCCAGCAUUAACAUUUUUGUAAGUAGCUUCUAAUUGUCAAACAGAUCAGAAAGAUCAAGAUUUAAAUACUUUAUGAGACUUUUUUAAAAACCAAAUAGCCUGAAAUUAAGAGAGUCUAGUGCUGGGCUUCUUUCAUUUGAGAUCACUGACAUUAAGAGCUCAUGUUUGAAAGCUGUCAUGUAUAGGAUACUUUGAAAGAAUUCAGGGGUGAUGUGCAGGCUGGCAUGCCAUCCGUGCAGACUGAGCUUUAGAAAAGAAGAUGGGAAAUAAAGACAGGGAGAAGGGAGAAGGCAGGCAUCUGUUUCCCUGCAGAUUAUUCCAAGGAAUUUUCUGUAUUUUUGUGGAUCAGUUAUUUGUGAGGGGAUGAACUGAUGUCUUUCAAAAUAGUGUGACUUGUCUAAUUAUCCUCCCUGAUAGAAAACUUCUGUUAGAUAAAAUUGUAUGUGCCAAAUUAAUGUUUCAUCUGACACAUAAAAAUUAGGAUUUUAGGCAUUGUGAAAAUAUGUAAAACAAUCAGUACUGUUUAUUUGUUAAACUUAACGUAGUUGAACUUUGUGAUGGCCUAGCCAUGUGGUGCUGAUGGAAGUGGCAAUAAAACCCUCAACUCUUUGUUGUGGCUUUCAGAUUUUAUCCUUAGGAAUCCUAGACAGCGCCUUUCUUGACAGUGGAACGGGCUACACAAAACUGUUUGUAAUACAAUACUUGUUGCUUGGGUUUUUACUGAAAGUUGAAUUAAAUAUUUUUUGCAUGUAUAUUCUUGUCAUUUACCAAAGAUUCAAAGUGAUUGAUUACUUAAUUAGCCAAACACUGUGAACUAUGCUUAAAAUACUAGCAAAAGAAAUAUCAAUAUCUCAAUAACAUCAACGGUGUAAAUGGAGUUUGCAGGAAAGUAGCUUGUGUUGGCAUCUGUGAAACUGUGUAAGAGCUUUAGCAUUUCUUUAGAGGGAUAAUGAAUGCUCAGGCCCACUUAAAUUAUUAAUGUUGGAAUUGUGUUUUUGCCUUUAGGCUAUGUACAGAGACAUGAUCAUUUUUAUAAUAAAUUUUGUAUUAUAAUCAUA